AUGAAUCUUCCACGAAUUGGUCGGCCUGCACCAGAUUUUAAAUCCAAAGCAGUACUCAAUGAUAAAGUAUUCGAUAUAUCAUUGAGUGAUUAUGAUAAUAAAUAUCUCGUUUUACUCUUUUAUCCAACGAACUAUGGUUAUGUUUGUCCAACAGAAUUAAUUGCAUUCAGUGAUCAUAUUAAAGAAUUUGAUAAAAUAAAUGCAAAUGUUGUUGGUUGUUCAAUUGAAAGUCAUUACAAUCAAUUACAUUGGUUAAGUAUGACACAUGAACAAGGUGGUAUACGUGGUAUUCGAAUUCCAUUGAUUGCUGAUAAAUCAAUGAACAUUACUAAAGCAUACGGCGUACUUAAUGAACAAGAAGGAAUUUGUUAUCGAGCAAUGUUUAUUAUCGAUGAUAAAGGUAUUCUUCGACAAAUUACUAUCAAUGAUCGUCCUGUAGGUCGAAGUGUUUCUGAAGCUUAUCGAGUAAUUCAAGCUAUUCAACAAGCAGAUAAAUUACGUGCAGUUACACCAACUACAAGUUUUGUUGAAGUGACACCAUCAAAUAGUCGAAAACCUAGACCACUUAUAUGUUCAGAGAAAAGUUUACUUCGUGAAGUAAUCGACUCAUAA